UUUUCCUUUUCACUUUGCUAGUAGUUUUUGCUUUUCAAAAAGCAGACAGAUAUCGCAUCUCUGAUUCUUCUUCUUCUUCUGCUCACCCCUUCUCACUUGUUUCCAUCAUCCCUUCUUUCUCUCUGUCUUUCUCUUUCUUUCUUUCUCUCUCUCUUUCUCUCUCCCACAGAGAACUCAGGCUGCUAACUCUGCAUUGAAGAAUAAACUAACAUGUGCCAUUUCUGAGACCAAUAUUCUCUCUGCAUUGUCCAAGUUUGACUUAACAGGACACUGGAAACAUGACGAGGAUAAGUCCAGAAUUUGGAGGCGAAGUGGAAAUGCAGACAAUUCGGUCACUGUCAGCUGACGUGAGCUUUGCUUGUGAUCAAUUUCCCAAAUACAAAUUAGGCCCUGAUAAUCAAGUUUUGGAGGAGAUAGAGGAGAAUGCCAAAGGCCCACCCUUGAAGGAGGUUAUCUUGCAAGAAACUACAGAGCUAACAGAGCAGCACAAGCGUCUGUCUGUAAGAGACCUGGCUAGCAAAUUUGACAAGAAUUUGUCUGCCGCUGCUAAGUUGUCCAAUGAGGCUAAACUUCGAGAAAUCGCUUCGUUAGAGGGACAUGUUCUUCUGAAGAAGCUUAGGGAUGCAUUGGAAUUUUUGAAAGGCAGAAUGGUUGGUCGAAACAAGGAAGACGUGGAAAAAGCAAUUUCAAUUGUGGAAGCUUUGGCAGUUAAGUUAACACAAAAGGAAGGGGAGUUAAUACAGGAGAAAUUUGAAGUGAAAAAGUUACUAAACUUUCUCAAACAGGCUUCAGAAGAUGCUAAAAAGUUGGUUAAUCAAGAAAGAUCUUUUGCAUGUGCUGAAAUUGAGAGUGCUAGGGCAGUUGUCCAAAGAAUUGGAGAGGCCCUUGAGGAACAAGAGCGUACUUGCCAAACUUCUGGGAAACAGGAAAUGGAGGAACUGAUGGAGGAGGUCCAAGAAGCUAGAAGAAUUAAACUAAAGCACCAGCCGAGCAAGGUGAUGGACAUGGAAUAUGAAGUCCGAGCACUAAGAAUUGAAAUCAGAGAGAAGUCCUCAAUUUCAUUUAACCUUCAAAAAGAGCUGCUAAUGAACAAGAGAGCUGAGGAAAAUAAAUUCCUGCCAUACGAGAUAAGUGGAUCUGAAACUUUAGGUUCGAUAUUACGAGUUCAACCCUGCUCAAAUGAAGCUACUGAGCUUACAAAAUGUUCAAUCCAAUGGUAUCGUUUAUCAUCUGAGUGCAGCAGAAGAGAACCCAUCUUAGGUGCCAACAAAUCUGUAUAUGCUCCAGAGCCAAUUGAUAUUGGAAGAGUUUUGCAAGUGGAUAUAACUUCAAAUGGCCAGACAGUUUCCGUGACAACUGCUGGUCCUAUUGAUCCUGCUGCUGGACUGGAGAAUUAUGUUGAGACACUUUUGCGGAAGUCAAACUCUGAAUUCCAUGUUGUUGUCUCUCAAAUGAAUGGAAGGAACUAUUCCUCGCAUUCAACACAUGCAUUUCAUAUUGGAAAAAUGAGGAUGAAGCUUUGCAGAGGAUGGAUUACGAAGGCUAGAGAUUCUUAUUCUGGGUCGAUGCAGCUAUGCGGAUUUAGAGGAGGAGGGAAUUCUGCGGCCAAGUCCUUGUAUUGGCAACCAAGGAAAGGACAAACCUUUGUUCUAGUGUUUGAAUCUGAAAGAGAAAGAAAUGGAGCGCUGAUGCUUGCCAGGAAACAUGCCCUUGAUUCCAAUGUCAUGCUUGCUGGACCAGAUGAUGAUGCUUUAGUGUAAAGUUUAACCAAUUUCUAAUUUUUCCACUAAUGUGAGUAGCAUGAGGCUUUCAAGUGUGAUUAUCUCCAUUUUCUUGUUUGUUUGUAUUGAUUCCACUAAUUAGUUACAUCCACUCUAGGCAAGGUUUUUGUUAGCCUAAUCAUUGGUUGUAACAAAAUCUGCUAAUCAUCAAUGGUUUAUUUCAGCUCAUUGCCUACUA